GGCGAGGUUAUGCUGCGGACGAAGAGUCCCCGCCUGGGCGCCCCGCUUCUCCGGGCCGCGCUGGGCUUCGGGCGGCGAGCGGGGGUCCGGGCGGCGAGCGGAGGGCGCGGUCAUGCCUGGCUCCGGCCCGCAGGCCAGGACACGGGCGUGCAGGUGUACAACAGCCUCACCGGCAGGAAGGAGCCCCUGGUCGUGGAGCGCGCCGGGACCGCCUCGUGGUAUAGCUGUGGACCAACUGUAUAUGAUCAUGCACACCUUGGCCAUGCUUGCUCAUAUGUGAGAUUUGAUAUAAUUCGAAGGAUCCUAACCAGAGUUUUCGGAUGCAACAUCGUCAUGGUGAUGGGCAUCACUGACGUGGAUGACAAAAUAAUCCAGAGGGCCCGCGAGAUGGACCUGCCACCUGUUUCUCUCGCCCGGCACUACGAGGAAGAAUUUAAGCAAGACAUGGCGGCCCUGAAGGUGCUCCCGCCCACAGUAUACCUGAGGGUCACUGAAAAUAUCCCCCAGAUAAUUUCAUUCAUUGAAGGAAUAAUUGCUCGUGGGCACGCCUACUCAACAGCAAAAGGCAAUGUCUACUUCGAUCUGAAGUCCAGAGGAGACAAGUAUGGCAAACUGGUCAGCGUGGCCCCAGGUCCAGUUGGAGAGCCAGCAGGUGAUUCUGACAAGCGGCAUGCCAGCGACUUUGCUCUGUGGAAGGCAGCCAAGCCUGAGGAGAUUUUCUGGGCCUCUCCGUGGGGACAUGGAAGACCCGGCUGGCACAUCGAGUGCUCUGCCAUGGCAAGCAUGGUGUUUGGAGGUCAGCUGGACAUCCACUCUGGUGGAAUCGACUUGGCUUUCCCGCACCACGAAAACGAGAUCGCACAGUGUGAGGCUUUUCAUCAGUGCCGGCAGUGGGGAAAUUAUUUCCUACACUCUGGGCAUUUGCAUGUGAAAGGCAAAGAAAAAAUGUCCAAGUCUUUAAAGAACUACGUUGCUAUUAAGGACUUUCUGCGGACAUUUUCCCCGGACGUCUUCCGGCUUUUCUGCACACGGAGCAGCUACAGGUCAGCCAUCGACUACAGUGACAAUGCCAUGCUACACGCCCAACACCUGCUUCUAGGGCUGCACUCCUUCCUCGGGGACGCACGUGCCUACAUGAAGGGGCAACUGGCCUGCAGUCCUGUCCAAGAAGACCAGCUGUGGGAGGGCCUCUCCAGCACCAAGGGGGCUGUAUGGGCCGCGCUGGCGGAUGACUUUGACACACCCAGGGCCGUGGAUGCCAUCCUGGGCCUCGUACACCUCGGGAACGGACAGCUCCGGGCGGCUCAGGACCCGGGCGGCCCAAGAAGCCCAGCAGUAUUUGGUGCCAUCGUCUCCUACAUUGAACAGUUUUUUGGGACUAUUGGAAUUUCUCUGGCAAAUCAGCAGUGUGUUUCAGAGGAUGGCAGUGCAGCCACCCUGCACAGCGUCGUGGAGGAGCUGGUACGGUUCCGGCAGAGUGUCCGGCAGUUCGCACUGACUGCACCAGAGGCCCCCAGGGAAGCCCGGCAGCAGCAGCUUCUGGAGAGGAGGCCCUUGCUAGAGGCCUGUGAUGCCCUGCGCCAGGACCUUGCUGCCCACGGCAUCAACAUCAAGGUGAGCACCCACAGCUGCAGUGCAGACAGCAGGCUCCCAGAGCAACCCUGCUUCCCAUGUGUUCUCACACAUGACACAUCUGGAGGACGCUGAGGCAGGUCCUGUCAGAGCCAGAAGACAAGCUGGGUGGUGUCUCUUGAGGAUGCAGGUCCUGCCAAACCUUCCUUUGUAUCCCCAGGUCAUAUCAUACUCUUGGCCUUUCUUAAGAGAUCAGCAGUAC